CAAACAUGAACACGCUUCCACACCUGACCUGUGUUCAAACACUGAGAAAGAACAGUCUCUUUCUCAUAUCAGAGGUCUGUAAAUCACUGGUUGUGACCCUGCUCAGCAAUACAACAAUGUGGACAGGGAUCCUUGAAGCAUGAAGAGCAGGUGAUCAGACCGGAUGUGCACUGAAUAUGUCGACACCGGGAGCAACCAGACAGAGUUUCUUGACUGAUAGGCCUAUGACCAUCACAUUAUGAUGUCCACAUUUUUUCUUCUAGCUGGCUUUUCCCUGGCAUUGUGUCACUUUGGAUGGGCCUCCCAACUGGCAUGCUACUUCACAAACUGGUCUCAGUACAGACCUGAUGUUGGCAAGUACAUGCCAGAAAAUGUGGAUCCACAUCUGUGCACUCAUUUAAUUUAUGCGUUUUCCGUUAUUAAUAAGGCAAAUGAGUUGACCACUUUUGAAUGGAAUGAUGAAUCUCUCUUCAAAUCUUUCAAUAGACUAAAGGAAAGAAAUCCCAGCUUGAAAACUCUCUUGGCUGUCGGAGGAUGGAACUUUGGCACAGAACAGUUUAGUAUCGUGGUGUCCACAUCAGCAAACAGGCGGACGUUUAUUCAGUCCUCCAUCACAUUUCUGAGGAAACAUGGCUUUGAUGGUCUGGAUCUGGACUGGGAGUAUCCGGGUUCCCGUGGAAGUCCUUCAGAAGACAAGCAAAGGUUCACUCUGCUCUGCAAGGAGCUCUUGGAAGCUUACGAGGCAGAGAGUGCUGCCACUGGACGCCCCAGACUCAUGCUCACUGCUGCAGUGGCUGCUGGUAAAGGAACCAUUGAUGCUGGUUAUGAAAUUGCAGAAAUUGCCAAGUGUUUGGACUUCAUUAAUGUGAUGACCUAUGACUUCCACGGCUCAUGGGAAAGUGUCACCGGGCACAACAGUCCUCUGUACCGUGGCUCUGGAUACAAAGGAGACAACAUCUACUAUAAUACUGAUUUUGCAAUGAGAUACUGGAGAGAUCAGGGUGCUCCUGUGGAGAAGCUGAGGAUGGGCUUUGCAACAUAUGGAAGAACAUUUCGCCUGUCUGCUCUGUCUGGAGCCAGUGGAGCUGGAGCUCCAGCUAGUGGUCCUGGAUCAGCUGGAAAAUACACCAGAGAGGCUGGAUUCUGGUCAUAUUAUGAGGUCUGUACUUUUCUUCAAGGAACCACUGUGAAAUGGAUUGAUGAUAAGAAAGUUCCUUAUGCAACAAAAGGACUUGAAUGGGUGGGAUUCGACAACAAGGAAAGCUUUGAGACUAAGGUGAACUACCUAAAGGAGAACAGGUUUGGAGGAGCUUUCGUCUGGGCUCUGGAUCUUGAUGACUUUACAGGACAGUUCUGUGAGCAGGGCAAAUACCCUCUCAUUGGACAUCUCAGCACACUUCUUAAUAUAGAUUUCCCACCUGUCUCAACAGCAACAGCAUCCGCUGUAUCUCAUGCCACAAUACCUCAUGUUGUCCCGACAGUUCCCUCAGAGUUCUGUGUUGCCAAAACGGAUGGGUCAUACGUAAACCCAGAUGACCCGACGACUUUCAUUCAGUGUUCUAAUGGCAUGCCCAUUAAAAUGGAUUGUUCUGUUGGGACCGUCUUCACUCCCGACUGCUUGUGCUGUGAUUGGCCUAAGAAUUAACCUCAUGUUGUCCCUGUUCCACUCCUGCAAGGGAAAUGUAUAUAACUUUGGCAGGUUUUUGCAAUACUAUUUGGCAUUAGAAAUGGCAUAAUACUUUCACACUUUACCUUUACGUUUUCUGUUGUUUUUUUAUUUUUAUUUAAAAAACAGCUAUGAUAUAAUACUACUUUCAUAAAAGAAUAUGCUACAUUUUGUUGUGUCUUAAAAAGGAAGCACAGUCUAACUUGCCUGAUUAAAAACACUAACCUGAU